AGGUGGCACUUUCAAACACAAUUACACUAGAAAAUUUCUUCUAAAUCUUUUCGCACGCCUGGAAAGUUCUACACUCUUCUGGUAUUACGAUUCCACACACACCUUCCAGAUAAAUCCUUCUGUUUCUCAUUCCCUACUAAUAUUCAUCGAAUCAUUCAAACCAAACCCUAAUAACAAAUUUCAAGAACAUCACCAAUAACAAUAAUCAUUCAGCAACAGAGAAAAAGCUUCGCUAUUCAAGAACAGAGUCACAACGCAACAAACAAAUCAUGGGAGUGGACUACUACAAGAUUUUGCAGGUCGACAAGAAUGCAACAGAUGAAGAAUUGAAGAAAGCAUAUAGAAAACUUGCCAUGAAGUGGCACCCUGAUAAGAAUCCAACCAAUAAGAAAGAAGCUGAAUCCAAAUUCAAAGAGAUUUCUGAAGCAUACGAGGUUCUAAGUGAUCCACAAAAGAAAGCAAUUUAUGAUCAAUAUGGAGAAGAAGGGCUUAAAGGGCAAGUGCCCCCUCCACAAGGUGGUGCAGGUGGGGCUUCAUUCUUCCAAAGUGGAGAUGGGCCAACAACAUUUAGGUUCAAUCCAAGAAAUGCAGAUGAUAUAUUUGCAGAGUUUUUUGGGUUUUCAAGCCCAUUUGGAGGAAUGGGUAAUGGUGGGAAUGGAAUGAGAGGUGGGUCUAGAUCCUUUGGUGGAAUGUUUGGUGGUGAUGAUAUAUUUUCUCAAUUUAAUGAAGGUAGGCCUAUGCAGCAUCAAGGACCUCGCAAGGCAGCUCCUAUUGAGAAAAGAUUGCCUUGUAGCCUUGAGGAGCUCUAUAAAGGGACCACUAAAAAGAUGAAGAUUUCAAGGGAAAUUGCAGAUGCAAGUGGAAAAACUAUGCUGGUGGAAGAAAUCAUACCAAUUGAAAUCAAACCCGGAUGGAAAAAAGGAACAAAAAUAACAUUCCCUGAGAAAGGAAAUGAGCAACCAAAUGUGAUACCAGCAGAUCUUGUAUUUGUCAUUGAUGAAAAACCUCACAGUGUAUUUAAAAGAGAUGAUAAUGAUUUGGUUAUGACACAUAAAAUAUCUCUUGCAGAAGCAUUAACAGGUGGUUACAAUGUUCGUCUCACAACACUAGAUGGAAGAGUUCUGAACAUUCCUAUAAACAAUAUAAUUCAUCCAAACUAUGAAGAGAUUGUUCCAAAGGAAGGUAUGCCUAUUCAAAAAGAUCCUACAAAGAAGGGUAAUCUUAGGAUCAAAUUUAAUAUUAAGUUUCCAGCAAGGUUGACAUCUGAGCAGAAAGCUGGAAUCAAGAGACUUCUGACACAGUAGUGGAUUUAGUAUGCAUUCAUUGUGAGUGAAUGUGUAUACCUUAAUUUUCUUCUUCCUCAAUUGUUUUAUAGGACUUUUGGUUUUUGGUUUAUGUAGUUUUUGUGUAAUAUAUGUUGCAAAAACUCCAAGUUGAGGAUUGAGGAAUCACAUUUUGAACCAUAUGGUUGAUCUAGAGCUUAAAAUGAUGUGGUUGAAGUUAUGCAAUGUUGAUUAGUUGAAUUUA